UUCUUGUCAAGAUUCAUAAAGAAAUCGAUGAAGUUUUUGGUCCUGAUCCAAUCUUUGAAUUCACCUUUGAAAAACUCGAAAAUUGUCAUUAUAUUGAUACUGUGAUUAAAGAAUCAAUGCGUCAUACUCCUUUAGUUCCAUUGACUGUAAUAACUUCUGAAGAUGAAGAAAAUGUUGCUGGAUAUAGCUGGCCAAGCGGAACUAAAUUUUGGUUGGAUCAUCAAACUCUUGGUAAUAAUCCUGACUAUUGGGAUGAUCCAGAAACUUUUAAUCCUGAUAGGUUUUUAGCCAAAAAUUAUUGUAAAACUUCGGAUUUACAAAAGAUUGCUUUUAAUCCAUUUGGCUGUGGAACCAGAACUUGCGUUGGAAAAUUAGUGGCAUUAAAUAUGAUUAAAUCUCUG